UUCGUCGACUGAGGGAUACUCGAAUUCGGACGCAGUGGGUCAACCACGUAAUUUCCACUAUAAGAAACCUUAAUUAAUGCAGUAGUCUGCAAAGGAUACAUUCCGACUGUUCUGAAUGAGACUUAAUCUUCUCACUGUCACUCGCACGGUCUUGUCUGCGUGGACGUGGUGACGAUGAGUCCACGCCACGGCGAUCCAGUCAGAGGCGGGGAGGGGGAAAGAACCGAUGCUGACGCUCUCGUGCAGAGGAAAUCUGCGAUCCGCGACGCACGAUUCACACCGGUCGAGGCGAAGAUGGUAACGGUGCAUGCUUCAGCGCACUCCGUGGCCUCCUCAGAGUGGAUCAUCUGCCUGGACAAGAGGCCAGCAGAACGCUCGGGAGAAGAUGUGGACAUAAUUCUGGCUCAGCUAAAGUGUGUAAAGGCCUUUGAGAAGUUCCACCCCAACCUUCUGCAGCAGAUCUGCUUGUGUGGCUUCUAUGAGUACCUGGAGAAAGGCAUCACCUUGUAUCGGCAGGGUGACAUCGGUACCAGCUGGUACGCUGUUCUGUCUGGAUCCCUCGAUGUGAAGGUGUCUGAGACAGCCAACCAUCAGGAUGCUGUAACAAUCUGUACUUUGGGAGUCGGGACGGCGUUCGGGGAGUCGAUCCUGGAUAACACACCCCGGCAUGCCACGAUCGUCAGCCGUGAGAACAGCGAACUUUUGCGCAUAGAACAGAGGGAGUUCAAAACCCUGUGGGAGAAAUACAGGCAGUGCAUGACAGGGCUUCUCGCCCCGCCGUAUGGAGUGAUGGACAGCGGAGCUACUAAUGACAGAAUGCCUGACAAAGAUAACCUCAGCAACGACCCCCUCAAUUUUAUGUCAAAAAACCUGAACAAGUUCCCAACAGAAAAGAUUUUAAGGGCAGAAAAAGUCUUGCAUAACGCUAUACUGGCCAGAGCGCCCCACAUGAUCAGAGAUAGAAAGUAUCAUCUGAAAACCUACAGGCAGUGUUGUGUCGGGACAGAGCUGGUCGACUGGCUGCUUCAGCAGAGUUCAUGUGUUCACAGUCGAGGUCAUGCUGUGGGAAUGUGGCAGGUGCUCUUGGAGGAAGGAGUCUUAAACCACGUCGACCAUGAGAUAAACUUUCAGGAUAAGUACCUCUUUUACCGUUUCCUUGAUGAUGAGGAGGAGGAUGCGGUGUUGCCUAGCGACGAUGAGAAACGAGAGGCAGAGGAAGAGCUGCAGGAGACACUCCUCUUCCUCUCUCUGAUCGGGCCUGACGCACACAUUCGAAUGAUCCUCAGGAAACCGCCAGGUCAAAGAGCGGCUGAAGAUCUGGAGAUCAUUUAUGAUGAGCUGCUGCAUAUCAAAGCUCUCUCUCAUCUCUCGAACACUGUGAAGAGGGAGCUUGCUGGUGUCCUUGUCUUUGAGUCACAAGCCAAAGCAGGCACUGUCUUGUUUAAUCAAGGAGAAGAAGGCACCUCUUGGUACAUUAUCCAGAAGGGAUCUGUUAAUGUUGUUAUCUAUGGCAAGGGUGUGGUAUGCACGCUGCAUGAAGGAGAUGAUUUUGGCAAACUGGCACUGGUGAACGAUGCCCCCCGUGCUGCCUCUAUCGUCCUGAGAGAGGACAACUGCCACUUCCUGAGAGUGGACAAAGAGGAUUUCAACCGUAUACUCAGGGAUGUUGAAGCAAACACGGUACGUCUAAAGGAGCAUGAGCAGGAUGUUCUGGUGCUUCAGAAGAGUCUUCGGCCCUCCAGCCAUGGAAACAUCCCAGCCCACUUCAAGUACACUGUGAUGUCAGGAACCCCAGAGAAGAUACUGGAGCAUCUGCUGGAGACAGUGCGGUUGGACAUUAAUUUCUCUGACCCAGAUCCAACUCUGGAUGACUUUGUGCUUAUGCACUCUGUGUUCAUGCCCAACAGCCAGCUGUGCCCCGCCCUCCUGGCCCACUACCACUCUCAGGCAUCUCAGGGCUCUGAACAGGAGCGUCUAGACUACACUGUUGCCAGCAAAAGACGGGUGCUCAGUCUGGCUCUGCGCUGGGCCACCCUCCAGGCCCACCAUCUGCUGGAAGAUGACACGGCACUCAGCUUUCUGGAGGAGCUGCACGGGUUUGUGUCUAAUGACGCAAGGGUUUUGCGUUCACUGAAGGAUCUUCUGCCAGAACUGGAGAGAAUCAUCAAGCAAUAUCCAGAUGAUGCACGGACCUUGCAAAAAAAGAAUAAAUUUCUCCUGCGACAAUUCAGCUAUGGAGAGGAGAGGCUCGCGAAAAAGCAGCCAAUAAGAAGCUUUGAUGACAUACUCUUGAAGGUGUACUGCAGUGAUCACACCUACACUACUAUCCGUGUUGCUGUUCUGGCCACGGGGAGAGAGGUGACCGCAGCUGUAGCAGAUAAACUUGGAUCCACUGAAGAGCUGCUUCUGAUAAAUCUCAGCGCAUCUGGAAAAAAGCAGAUUCUAAAGCCCAAUGAUGUAUCAGUGUUCCAGUCCGUGGGAGUGAACGGACGAUUGUUUGUCUGUUCCAGAGAACAGGUCGACACACUGAAUCCUCUUCCCGAGCAGGAAGGUCCCACUACAGGGUCAAUGUCCAGUUUCGAGCUGAUGAGCUCUAAGGAUCUGGCCUUCCAGAUGACUCAGUACGACUGGGAGCUAUUCAGCUGUGUGCAUGAGUAUGAGUUGGUGUAUAAUACUUUUGGGCGUCAGGCAUACAGACGCUCCACAGCGAAUCUAGAGUUGUUCCUGAGACGCUUUAAUCAGGUUCAGCUGUGGGUGGUCACCGAGGUCUGUCUGUGUGGAACGCUCAGCAAACGAGUCCAGCUGCUCAAAAAGUUCAUCAAGAUCGCCGCCCAUUGUAGGGAGUUUAAGAAUCUGAACUCUUUCUUCGCCAUUAUCAUGGGCAUGUGCAACCCAGCCGUGAGCAGACUCAGCCAAACGUGGGAGAAACUGCCAAGUAAAUUUAAGAAGUUCUACGCAGAGUUUGAGAGUUUAUUAGAUCCCUCCAGGAAUCACCGUUCUUACCGCCUCACUGUGGCUAAGAUGGAGCCGCCAGUCAUUCCCUUUAUGCCCCUCCUCAUUAAAGACAUGACAUUCACUCAUGAGGGCAACAAGACCUUCAUUGAUGGACUGGUGAACUUUGAGAAGAUGCGACUGAUUGCUAACACAGUCCGGGCAGUGAGGCACUGCAGGAGUCAGCCCUUCAGUGCUGAGGCGUCUCCAGCCAGUAAGAAUCCACAGGAAGUGAGGAAUUACGUGCGUCAGUUGUGUGUGAUUGACAAUCAGAGAACCUUAUCACAGCUGUCCUUCAGACUGGAGCCGAGGCGGGCCUAAACACCAAUGCUCAAUCUUUCUCUCUAUUUCUCUCCCUCUCUUCAAAAUACACACUCAGUAAAACUCAAUUUGCCUGAAUUUGCAGUUGAAUGCUGACUGAAUGUGCUAUCACUGCCAACUGAACUAUGUGUGGAAGAUGUAUUCUCGUGUGUGUGUGUGUGUGUGUGUGUGUGUGUGUGUGUGUGUGUGUGUGUGUGUGUGUGUGUGUACUGCAUGUUAAUGACUUCUGCUAGUAAUAAGGUUUGAUGUGUUACUGACCCUUCACUAAGUUUUACAGAAUUUUUGGACCAUCUGUUUAAACCAUCUAAACACACAAAACUUAGGCUUAGCGAAGGGUCAGUUGGAUUUGAGUGUGUGUGUGAAAGCAAAAUGUAAAGGAGUGCGUCCUUCUAUUCAGUCUGUGCUAAGAUUACGUGAGGCCCUUCCUCAUGUUCAUUCUCUCAUAGUACAAUGUUAUAGAACACUGUAAACCUGCUGCGUGUGCUCAAGUCUGCAUUUCUUUGAUCCUCAAAACAUUCUGAACAAUCUAAAAUAAGAGUUUAGUACAAGUCACAUAUUAUAGAUGCAGUACAAUACAUAUGAAAUCAAUGAAACUAUGAACUUGUUACCGACCACAAAAAAGUUAAUUAUUUAUGCUCCUUUAAACCCCCAUGCCUCAAUGUCUUGUGGUAUGUUAAGUCAGUUAUAAAUGUCAUUAUUCUGGCUCAAGGACUAUUUUUUACCACUUGGUAAUCGCUAGUAACUUACCUCUCGCCAUAGCCUGUAGCCUUAUUGAUGUCAUUUUGUAUAUUAAGUUAUAUUUGUAUAUUUUUGGGUUUGACCCAUUUUGCCAAGUUAUCAUAAUCGGUCUAAGAAGGCCUUUGUUUGUUCUCAUCCUGCCUUUUAAAAAGUCAGACGCUGUGUGUGUAGGGCACUUGUUUUCUUUUAGGAAAAUGUCCAUGCCUACCUUGUAAAUAGUAUUAUCUAAAUAAAUGUGCCA